GAGAACACGACCAGUGACAUCCUGUCCAACCUGACUCCAGGUGCCCAGUACAGAGUGGUGGUGUACCAUACGAACGGUCCUCUCAUCAGUCCUCCUUCCGAACCUGUUAUCAUAGUCAUCGAGCCAACCGGAGUGCGGGAGCUGGUGGUGUAUUCUCUGAGCCCGACUGCAGUCAUCCUGUCGUGGCAGAGACCGUACCACGUGGCUUUCAGGAAGUACGUCCUGCAGACAUUCUUCUUCAACCCUGUCACGCUGGCCUCCGAGUGGACCACGUACUACGAGAUCGCUGCUACCGCCUCAGUCAUCGCAUCCGUGAGAGUGACAGAUCUGUUGCCGGCCUGGUACUACAACUUCCGUGUUACCAUGGUGACGUGGGGCGAUCCCCCUCUCAGCUGCUGUGACAGCUCUACUGUUAGCUUUGUUACAGCUCCUGAAGCCCCCCACAUCUCGUCAGUAGACUACAACCAUGGGACUCUGUACGUCCGCUGGACCUACGGGGAGCUCUUCAUAGACAUGUCCCACAGCAGGAUGCUACACUGGCAGGUCACAGCUCACGGCAAAAAGGGAUACAAGAGGACUUACUCCACUGAUGUCACCCGUAAUGUGAUGGGUGCCAGUCUGGCUCUGCCUCCAGGAGACAUUUAUAACCUGACUGUAUCAGCCUGUACCGAAGGCAAACGCAACUCCUCUGUCCCCAACAUCAUUAAACUGGAGCCAGCCCCUCCGCGGUCCCUGUACGCGGUGAACGCCACCCACUCCUCAGUGACCCUGCUCUGGAGCGGGGAGGGAGUGGUUGACUUCUACCAGGUGCUCUGUAAACCCACCAACACCAUCAACAAGGACCUCAAGGCUCGGGAGCCUCUAACAGCCCAGUCCCAUGUGGUGACAGUGUCCAGCCUGCUUCCCUCCUCCUCCUAUAACUGCAGUGUGAUCAGUUAUAGCUACAGUACGCCCAGCGAGCCAGCGUUCAUACACAUCUCUACUACAGCCAGAGAGAUGAACCCCAGCGUAGCUGCCAUCUCUGCUCUAGCAGUCCUCAGUGUCCUCCUUCUCAGCCUGCUGGUCCUCUUCCUACUGAUGCUGCGUAAGAAACACCUGCAGAUGGCCAGGGAGUGCGGAGCAGAAACAUUUGUCAACUUCGCUUCGUUUGAGAGAGACAGCAAACUGCCCUACAACUGGCGAAGGAGCCUCUUUGCCUUCCUCACCCUCCUGCCAUCCUGCCUUUGGACUGACUAUCUGUUGGCUUUUUAUAUUAAUCCUUGGAGCAAGACUGCUUUAAAGAAACGGAAGCUAACAAGCCCUGUCCAGAUGGAUGACUUUGAUGCGUACCUCAAAGACAUGAGCAAAGACUCCGCCUACAAGUUCUCUCUGCAGUUUGAGGAGCUGAAGAGCGUAGGUCUGGAUCUUUCCCAUGAUGCAGCAGACCUGCCUAUCAACAGACCCAAGAACCGCUACACCAACAUCCUGCCGUAUGACUUCAGCAGAGUGAAGGUGAUCUAUUUACAUAACGACGAGGGAUCAGACUACAUCAACGCCAACUACAUACCAGGUUAUAAAUCACCCAGAGAGUACAUCGCUACCCAGGGUCCUCUGCCUGAGACGAGGAACGACUUCUGGAACAUGAUCCUGCAGCAGAAGAGCCACAUCAUUGUGAUGCUGACGCAGUGCAACGAGAGACGCAGGGUGAAGUGUGACCACUACUGGCCAUUCACAGAUGAGCCGGUGACCUACGGAGAGAUCAGUGUGGAGAUGCUGUUGGAGUCAGAGUCUCCAGAGUGGACCAUAAGGAACUUCAGACUGGGAUAUGCUGACGAGUCUCAGGACGUCCUCCACCUCAACUACACGUCCUGGCCGGACCACGGUGUCCCCACGGUCAACGCCAUCGAUAGCAUCCUGCAGUUCGUACACAUCGUCCGCCAGCAGGCCAACCGCACCAAAGAACCCAUUGUGGUUCACUGCAGUGCUGGUGUGGGCCGGACAGGGACCUUCAUCGCUCUGGACCGACUGAUGCAGCACAUCAGAGAACAUGAGUAUACUGACAUCCUGGGUAUGGUGUCUGAGAUGAGGUCUCAUCGACUCUCCAUGGUCCAGACAGAGGAGCAGUAUGUGUUCAUCCACCAGUGUGUCCUGCUGAUGUGGAAGAAGAAGACACAGUCCAUCACCAGUGAUGUCAUCUACGAGAACAUCAGCAAGUCCUAGUGACGCCUCCUGCACAACGCCGUGCUUCAGGCAUCCGUUCUCUACCGAGACACGUUUCAUCAUUGAUACAACAAAAUAAAUGAACACAGAAUGUUUGACUAAUCUGACAACAACACAAGAAGAACAACAUGAAGAUGGA